GGAACGACAAGGGAGCCCAAAUAAAGCAGCAGGCGUCCCUGAGCUGGAACCUCCUGCCCCCCCCUCCCCCGACGCUGCCGCAUUUCCCCAGCGACUAGCCAGAGACCCAAUGCAGCCGUCUGACCUCUUCUAUGAACAACAAAACUGUGAUGAAGGCAACAGGAGUCAGAAAACUAUUCACUGCAGGAAGCCCCAGUAUCCGGUAAGAAAUAAGAAGUACAACAGUACAGGAUGCGCCUUGGGUCAGGGGAAUGUGAAAAGCCCUCAGUCUUUGUGUUCUUCCCUGUGCCAGAGCGUCUGCGCCCAAGCCCUCAGUUCUCCUUGGAGCUCAGCUGCGCCUGCUGCUGUCACUGCAGGGCCACCAGCGUCCUGCCAAGAGGGACCCGGGGCCAUGAUGGCUACCUCCGCCAGGCUGCCACCGCUGCUGCUGCUGCCGCCACUGCUCCUGCUUCUGGGCCAGCCCCAGGCAGGGGCCCAGGCUCCCGGGGAAGCCGUGGUGUGUGCCGGGAAUGCCUGUUACACGGCCCACUGGGGCAAGCUGAGUGCGGCGGAGGCCCAGCUUCACUGCAGCAAGAACGGGGGCAACCUGGCCACGGUGAGGAGUGAGGAGGAGGCCCGGCACAUCCAGCGCGCCCUCACCCAGCUCCUGGAGUCGGAGGCGAUCCUGGCAGCUAGGAUCGGCAAGUUCUGGAUAGGGCUCCAGCGUGAGAAAGGCAAGUGCUUAGACCCCAGCCUGCCGCUUAAAGGCUUCAGCUGGCUGGGUGGCGGGGAGGACACGUCUUACACCAACUGGAACAAGGAGGUCAGGAGCUCUUGCAUUUCCAAGCGCUGUGUGUCCCUGCUGCUGCAACUGUCCCAGCCAUCUCAUGCCAGCCAGCUCUCCAAGUGGUCCGAGGGGCCCUGCGGGAGCCCGAACUCUCCAGGAAGCAGCGUCGAGGGCUUUGUGUGCAAGUUCAGUUUCAAAGGCAUGUGCCAGCCUCUGGCUCUGGGGGGUCCAGGCCGGGUGGACUACACGACCCCAUUCAAGGCCACCAGCUCUUCCCUGGAGGCUGUGCCCUUUGGCUCCGCAGCUACCGUGGUCUGCGGGGCCGGGCGACACGGUCAGGAGGAUUACUUCGUGUGCAGGGAGAAGGCCCCUGAUGUGUUUGACUGGGGCAGCUCGGGCCCCCUCUGCAUCAGCACCCAGUAUGGCUGCAGCUUCAACAACGGGGGCUGCCAGCAGGACUGCUUCGAGGGGGGCGACGGCUCCUUCCGCUGCGGCUGCCGGCCGGGCUUCCGGCUGCUUGACGACCUGGUGACCUGUACCUCCCGGAACCCUUGCAGCUCCAACCCGUGCAGAGGUUCAGCCACCUGUGUGCCGGCAUCGCAAGGGGAGAACUACACCUGCCGCUGCCCCCUAGGCUACCAGCUGGAUUCAAGUCAGCGGGACUGCGUGGACCUGGACGAGUGCCAGGACUCACCCUGCCCUCAGGAGUGUGUCAACGCCCCUGGGAGCUUCCGCUGUGAGUGCUGGGUGGGCUAUGAGCCCAGUGAGUCAGGAUGUCAGGAUGUGGACGAGUGUGCCACCGGCCACACGCCCUGCGCCCAGCACUGCACCAACACAGACGGCUCCUUCUACUGCUCCUGCGAGAAGGGUUAUGUUCUGGCUGGGGAGGAUGGCACCCAGUGCCAGGACGUGGAUGAGUGUGCGGACGCGGAGAAUGGCCUCUGUGACAGCUUGUGCCUCAACACGCAGGGAUCCUUCCGCUGCGGCUGCCUGCCAGGCUGGGAGCUGGGCCCUGAUGGGGUCUCCUGCAUGCUGGGACCCACCUCCCUGGCACCACUGCCUGGGCCUCCCCAGGGAGAGGAUGCAGGAGAUAGAGAGGGGAGAGUUGUGUAUUCUCCCACAAUGUCCGGGCCCAUCGGGGGCCCUGAGGGCACUUCCAAGGAGGCACCCACCACAAAGGGACCCUCCCUUCCACGCAACACCUUUGUCACCCCAACUGCACCUGACAUGCUGGCUCCCAGUAGGCCCCCUGCUGUCUGGAUGGAGCCCAGCACCCAUCACCCCAUGGCCACCACUGGCCUUGGGGAGAAUACAGAUGAGGAUUUCAUGGCAGAACAAAGCGAAGAGGGCACGGACGGACAAAAGCUGCUGCUGUUCUACAUACUGGGCACGGUGGUGGCCAUCCUACUCUUACUGGCUCUGGCUCUAGGGCUACUGGUCUAUCGCAAGCGGAGAGCAAAGAGGGAGGAGGAGAAGGAGAAAAAGCCCCAGAAUGCAGCUGACAGCUACUCCUGGGCUCCAGAGCGAGCUGAGAGCAGGGCUUUGGAGAAUCAGUACAGUCCGACGCCAGGGACGGACUGCUGAAGGUGAGAUGGCCCCAGAGACACUGACAAUCAGCCACCACCAUCCUCUGACCUUUACGCACCCCGUCAGAAGUGGGGGACCCACAUCCUUCCAAAAGACUGGACUGGAAUCUUAGCAAACGGUUGUAAACAUUCUUAAAAGCCUGACCGCUUGGAAUAUACAGGUAUUUUCUACAUGUGUGUGGUGUUCCCGAAGUGGGACCACUGGGUUAGGAUGUCAUUUUGGGAAUUUUGUGAAUAUUAACAAUUCUUACUCACUUAUCUUGUCAAAUUCAAAUGUGACUGAUGGCAUGGCUCCCACUGAUUCUGGAUCAGGGGUUUACAAGUCAGGUGCUAAUGGGGCUCCUUUGGAACUGCUUUUCUGCUCAUUGGAAUCAUCUAAGAAGAAAAGGUGGUCUGCUAAUGCUAAUUAGGAUUGGAAUGAUUUGUUCCUCUUGGUAGAACAGAAACUAAAUCGAUUGUUUAAUUACGUAGUACAUAAGAAGUAUUUUUUUGUUUUUGUUUUUGUUUUGUUUUGUUUUUGUCAAAAGGAACAUAUUCAGAACUGGAAACAUUUCUUUACUGUUGAGUUCAUGCAUUUUCCCAUCACAAGCCCUGCGGAGUUUUAUAGUUGGAGUCCCACAGAAUGACCAGAGUACACUGAUCUGCUUAGGUAGCAAGAACGCUGAGAGUUUUGAAAUUGCAUUUCCUAGUUCUUAGUGUCUCUAAUAUUCUUGGGUUUAUUUGCAAGUGAAGUCUGGAAAGUGUGCGAGGAGUAUGAAAUGUUUUCGAGAGCAAGUACUCUGAAGCGCCUGAGAGAGAAGCCUGGGUUUGUUUCACAAGUACUUGAAUCAAUCCAUCUAAAUGCACUUGUGCUAACACACACUUACCGUUGAUGAAGUGACUACGCACAAGGGGAAAAGCUGGAGACGUCUUGUCUCUGGGCGAGUGUAGCCCCGAGACACCUCCCAGGCCACCUGCCUUCCCUGAAUGCUGCUCUGGAUUUAAAUGCUUUGAUCAUAGAUGGAUGAAACCCUGAGAAGCCUCUCAUUCUGAUUACUAAGACUGUGUGAGGGGGAUGAGAUACUGAGCUUUGAAUGGUGGCAUCUUAAGGCAUUUUAACAUAGCUCACAGCUGGUAUUGCUUCUUGAGAACAUGAUCCUGACUUGUGGCUGUAGUUUGCAUGUCAGGGACUGGGCAGGCAGGACACUGUCUUCUUUCUGCUUGAAGAAAGUCUGACACAUUUUUCUCUAUUUCUUAAAAAAGCAGGGGAGAUGGGAGGGAUAGAGGAAAAGAGAAUAGCUCAAAAUUUGCAACCACAGAAACCACUCAAACCAGUUUUAAUUUAUUUUUAAAUGCUUGCUUGCAAAGAUUUCCCUUCCCAGUGUAGUGGUGGAGAGUAAUUUCUCCCCACGCAGCUUUGCCUGGGUCACUGGAAAGCUCCUCAGGGAUUCACCAGUGGUCAGAGCUCUUAAAACCUGCCUGAUUAGCACUGGGAGACCUCAGGUGGCCUGCAGGCUUGUUGCUGUUGCCUUGUAGAGCAGAACGGGACUGUGUUUCCUUCUAGGGAUUUCAAAAUCUGCCUCUAAGAACCAGGGUGCUCUAUUGUUUCUAUUUUUGCCUUAAAAACACAUCUGUCCCAGAGGCGGACACCUGGGGCAGGAAGAGCUGCCAGGUGCAUGGCCCUCAGAGUUGAGUAAAUAUCCUUUAGCUAAUUUUGAAAUGUAGGUGCUAUAUUUCAGGAUUUUUGUUUUCUUUUGUUUUGUUGUUGUUUUGAGAAAAUGGAUAAGUAAAGGAGUAGGUGUAAGGAAAGAUGAAGCUUUUGGAGGACUUAACAAGGUAUCUGGAACUUGUGCUUUUUAAAGACAUCUGGUAUUAUUUAGGUUUCAGUUGAAAUAUUGAUGCUUAACACCCAAGGAGACAAAGGUUGUAAUCCACUGAGCGCAGGACCCUGUAUGGGAACCAAUUAUGCCACUAUUCAGAUGAUUUUAAAGAGUUAGCUGGAUGGGUUACU